AGUUUUCGGAGUCAUUAUUGGAGAUGGGGAAUUGUCUGCUGGAGAAAAUGGCUAUAAAUGAUGGUGGAGAAAGCGGCAGAGCAUUAGCAAUGCUGGGAAGGGUUCAGCUUGAACUGCGGAAACUUGCUGAUAACUAUCGGUCUCAUAUUAUCAAGACCAUUACAACCCCAUCAGAGUCUCUUCUAAGCGAGCUACGGAAAGUGGAGGAGAUGAAAUUGCAGUGCGAUGAGAAAAGAGAAAUGUUUGAAUACAUGGUGGGACAAUAUAAAGACAAGGGAAGGCCAAAACAUGGAAAGGGAGAGACUUUUACCUCAAUGCAAUUGCAGACAGUUCGUGAAGAAUAUGAUGAGGCUGCAAGGCUUUGCAUUUUUCGUGUAGAAUCCUUGAAACAAGGACAAUGCCAGAGUUUAUUAACACAGGGAGCACGUCACCAUGCAGCACAGUUAAUUUUUUUCCGGAAAGGACUGCAAUCUCUUGAAGCAGUUGAACAGCAUAUUAAAAGUGUUGCAGAUAAGCAACAUAUUGAUUAUGAACUACGUGGAUUGGAUGAUGGUGAAUAUGGUGAAGAUGAAAUGAAAAGAUUUGAGGCUAAUGAUGUUGGAGAAUUAAGUUUUGACUAUAGACAAAAUCAGCAGGAGGUUGACCAUGCUUCCAUUUCAAGGAACUCAAUGGAGAUAAAUCAUGGUAAACACCAAGAGGAGCAAAUUUCCAGUCAGCAACCUCGAGGAGGCAGUCAUUCUGCUCCAAUAUUUGCGGAGAAAUUUGAUCCUGCUGAAAGAAUCAGAGAAAUGCAGAUAACUGUGCCAAAACUUAAUACACAUGUGCUACCCACUCCUGCUGAUGCAGUGAGUUCAAUGACAAGCAGUUUUACCCUCCUGUCAAACACCGCAAGCUCUAGUGGGAGCUACAAAAGUCCGUGGAAUUCAUCGCCACUCGAUGCAGAGAAACGCAGAAAAUUCGCGGAUGAUAAUUUGUAUGCACAUAAAUUCCCAAAAUCCGAAAUAGCAGUUGAAGAGAAAACCAACAACAGGCACUCUCUACCACUGCCCCGUCCUCUGACUGAGGGUGUUGCAACCCCAAAACCUGACAUACAAAGUGGAUCUAAUCCUUGGAAAAUUGAAAGACAUGCAUUCUCCAGUCCAUUGGCAAGUAAAUCAUCAUCAGACAAGCCCAUAUUAUCUACGAGUGGACCCAUUGGCUCUACUGAACUUCCUCGAGCCGUUUCUGGGUCACUUUCUCAUGUACAUGUUUCCCAGUCAUUAUCAAUGAAUGUAUCCCAUGGUGCUUCUCUUGUAGCUUCUUCCAAAAUAAGUGAGCUUCAUGAGCUCCCUAGGCCCCCUGAUUCGUUAGGCUCCAAGCCUCUGUUUUCUUCUGGUGCUGUUGGGCACUCUGCUCCUCUGGUCAAUAGAAAUCGAGAAGCAUCUCCAACAAAUAGGAAUACUUUGCGGCCAUCAAAAGAAGGGCCUUCUCUUCCGCUUCCUCAACUAACUGUUCCUCGAAGUUUAUCCAUACCCUCUAUUAGUCAAAGAGCAUUAGCUUUACAUGCGGGCACGCUAUUGGAUUCUUCCCAAAUUGAGAUCAAGACUGAAAAAGUGGCUUCUCCUCCAUUAACACCUAUUUCCCUAUGAAACACGAAGUCUUGAAUUCUGGAAGAGUAAGAGGCAAGUACUGUACUGAUAGAUGUUCCUUUUAUACCUUAUAUAUGUUACACUCUUAUACCUGGAUUGUAAAUUCCUUUGACGGAGAUUGUUUGAAGGAACCACUCCUCUCUCCUCUCCCACAGAAGAUGAAAGAAAACAAAUCAUGAUGGGUGCUUGAUUUCUCUGUAUUUUAAUUUAUUUUUGUAACAGUUGUUGGGCUUGAUGGUUUCAUUGUUAUUAGUACAUUUUUCCUUUUCGUGUUGGGGUAGAAGACAUGGGGGGAAGGGGGAGUUUUGUGUGUGAUAAUGACAUUGAUCUGGCAAGAACCAGUCUGUAUUCAGCGGCGACCAUUAUAUUAGUGAUCUUCCACUUGGUCUCAUCUCAGAGUCUCAAGUCAUGAAAAACUGUGAUGCUCUGGGUAUUGAGUGGCGAUGACACAAGCUUCAUGACACCUGGAGUUAUAAUACUUCAUUGGAGAAGAUUGUGUUGCUUGCAAUUUUUCCUUGCACGUGAGAGUAAAUCUUUCAUAAUCAAGAAAUAACACAAUUAUUGGAAAAAGGGGCUUGAUGUUUGGGCAUCUCUUGCUUUAUAUUCUAAUUCCAAAUCUUGAAACUUUGGUAGAUGCAGGUGAGAGAUUAUUUCCAUGGCUUCAGUUGAUGGGAUGUUAUUUCAUUGGCUUCUGUUAAUGGAAUGUUUGCGUUAGUUCGGUUUA